AUUUACUUCCUUGUUGACAUGAAGUUCACCUGUAUAAUAAGCACAGUACUUUACACCUGUAACUAAUGAAUGCUCUGCCUCCUUCGUAAGAUCUCUGUUUUCAGGACUGGACAGAAAUUUGAAGUGUAUAUAUACUGAUUAACUGGACUGAUUCCAUUAUGGACGCAUGCUGGUCUAUUUCCCCAUAAGUCUUGACAGUGAUGACAGAAAAUCCAAGGAUCUGCAGUAUAUGUGAUCUACGUCACCUUACAAAACCCUCGACCACAUGGUGUUCUGAAUGUGAUCAGGCAUUAUGUGACGAGUGUAAGGAGUAUCAUAGUGUAUUCAGGGGCACACAACACCAUGCGACGAUUGGAAUUGAUGACUACCAGUCAUUGUCUCAGUCAGUUACCGUGUACAGUAACCACUGUAGUACGCACAAUGAUAAGUACCAGAUGUAUUGUCAAACCCACGACAUACCUAUCUGUAUCUUCUGUGUAGAAGAACAUAGCGAAUGUAAAGAUACAAUUCCACUUAGUAAAAAAACAAAAGACAUUAAAACAUCGGAUACAUGGAAAGAUACGGAACAAAAUUUAGUAGAUAUUGAUGAGAACAUAUAUCAAAUGGAAGCAGAAGUUAAAAAGAAUAUAGAAGAGAUUGGGGAACAAAAGGGAUCAAUUUUAACGAAUAUAAGUCGAGUUCGACAGGAAAUCAAUGAUCACCUUGACAAAUUAGAAGAACGCUUGCGAAAUGAGGUAACCAAGAUAGAGGACCAGUCUACUAGCAAAAUGAAAGAUACAUUACAAAUGUUGGAUAAAAAGAAAACCGAACGUUUGAAAUACCAACAACAACUUCAGGACAUGAAGAAGCAUGCGUCAGAUCUGCAGACAUAUCUCGGUCUUCAUCAGAUUUGUUCUGAAAUCGUUAAAUUGGAAUCAAGUUUGCAAUCUUUUAUUGAAAACGGAAGCUUGGACAAAGUUGUUGUUAUCUGCUCCAUAAACAAGUCGCUUAAUAAUGUAACAAGAAGCAUCCAAACCUUUGGAACUGUAUGUGAGAAAAAAAUCUCUACUAGUACAAAUUACAUACGCCAGAAAGAUAAACAAGCACAGAUUAUAGGAGUUAUUAAUUGUAAAUCCAUUCAUAAUAUCAAAAUGAAAUUGAUUAAAAAAUUUGAUAUUGACGCAAGAGAAAUUAGGGGGUGUGAUAUAUUUCCAGAUAAAAGAAUGGUCUUUAGUGACUAUGACGCCCGACAAAAACAUAUAGUUAUCACGGACACAAAUGGAAAGCAACCGUUUAAGUUGUCUCUUGCUCCAUCUGAUGCAUUUGAUAUUGUGUGUAUAGAUAAUAGCACUGUAGCUGUGACAUCAGGUUAUUAUGGUUGUAAAUUAAACAUAGUUGACAUAAAGAGUAAAACUGUUAAACGUUACAUACCUACAGAGAAUCGAUGUUAUGGUAUUACAUAUAGUGAGGGAUGGUUAUUCUACUGCGUCGAGGGCAAAGGAAUCUUUAGGGUAGAUCCAAAGGAUUCAAGUGUGAAAUGCAUUGUAAAAUGUGAUUUGCCUAUGUUGUCAUAUGUGUCAUCAUUCAAGGACAAAUUGUAUUAUACACAUAGAGACAAAAGCACGGUUAUAUGCUGUGAUAUCGAUGGGAAGAUAAAUUGGACAUUUGAAAACAAAAGUAAUUUAAUGAAACCUGGUGGUCUUACUGUGGAUAAUGAAGGGAACAUUUACAUUGUCAGUAGUCACCACAACAGUGUUCUCGUACUUUCCCCUGAUGGUCAACAGUCCAAAACACUUAUCUCUGAACAUAGCGAGUUUAAUAGACCCCAUACGUCAAAGUUUGAUAAGGAUAGAAAUCAAAUGCUGAUUGCAAAUGAAGGGAAUACUGCAUUUCUGUUUGACAUAUACCGAUGAUUUUCCUUCCUCGCCAUAACUCAU